AUGGCACCUUACCUCGACAAAAACGAGAGUGUGAGCACUCAGCAGAAGUAUGGAGAUUGGCGUGACGAGUUUUACGAGAAGGGCUAUGUAGUCCUCAAAGGCGUAGUCCCCAAAGAGCGAGCUUUGAAGUACCGCAACAAGAUGAUGGACUGGCUUGGUACCUUCCCCAACGACUUCGACAUUAAGAACCCAGAGACAUGGACCAAAGAGAAUCUUCCCCAAAGCUUCAAGAACGGAAUGUACUUGAACUACUGUGCUGCGCAUGAGAAGUAUGUUUGGGAGGCUAGACAGGAGCCAGGCGUUCUAGAGGCCUUUGGAAAAAUAUGGAAUACAAACGAUCUCAUCGUUUCCUACGACACUAUCAAUCUGACACUGCCGAAUGCAUCGAAGAUGGCUGGUACCAAGCCUUGGCCGCAUGUAGAUCAGGCACCCGAGCGACAAGGCCUGUCUUGUGUACAGGGCAUAAUCAACCUUUCCGAGGCUGGACCCAAAGAUGGUGGGCUUGUCGUAAUGGAGGGCAGUGCCAAGCUCUUCGACAAGUUCUUCAAGCAGCACCCACCCGACCGAACCAAGGGUCCCUUGGCUGCUCUUCACUACGACUUCUACCCAUUCCAGGACUCUGAUGUGAAGUGGUACGAGGAUCAAGGCUGUAAGAUGGUCAAGGUCUGCGCCGAGCCCGGGGAUCUGAUCUUGUGGGAUUCGCGACAGAUGCACUAUGCUGUGUAUCCAGAGACCGACAAUAUCCGCACAAUCAUCUAUGCUUGCUACACCCCAGCGGCUAUGGCAUCCAAGGAGGAUUUGGAGAAGAAGAAGAAGAUCUUUGAAAAGUGGGAGGCGACGACACAUUGGCCACACAUCAAUAUCCACUCUCAAGGGAAAGCCAAGGUGGAUGGCAAACUCGAUCCGUGGGAGCGGACAGAGCCACUGGAGAAACCAGAGCUGACUGAUAAGCUGCUCAAGCUGGCGGGUGUGAAGCCGUAUUGA